AUAAUCAAAAAAUGUACGCGAUGCGAGAUGAUUUGCGUCAAUCCCAAAACUGGUGUGAAGGAACCGCAGCUCAUUGUAGCUUUGAGAAAUUUCCGACAACGUGAAAAGAUGACCUUCGGCAUCUAUGUGCGACAAAUUGAAGAAAUACCAGGAGAAAUUCAUAGAGAUUCAAAAGUUCAUUUUGAAUAA